ACAACAAAAGCCAAAAUCCCAAAUUCCUGCUCGGGUUUCUGGAGCAAAAAGCGUUGCUUCCGGUAGCAAUUUCUCGUCAUGGAUACGACGAACGCGGAGACCGAGCCGGACUAUCUCGAGUCGGACAAAACGCGGCUCUCGCUGGCGGAGGACUUUCCCAACUUCCGCUCAUUCCAGGUGGUGAAGAUGGUGCAACAUUUCAGGGUAAUCACGGACGGGUCGGAAGAGCGGCUGCGGCUCGGCUUCAAGUGCAAAACGUGUGGCGAAUGUUUCAACAAAACCAUGGCCCUGCUGGGCCACAUACGGGUGCACUUCGAAAAGGAUCAUACGUGCAGCGUGUGUGGCAAGUAUUUUUUCGAUCCGGCCAAACUCGCGACACACUUCAAAGCCAAGCAUGCGGUCAACACGAUAAAGUGCCAGCUUGGAUGUGGGAAGUAUGCAACGACCAAUUACAAGAGCUUGCAGGUGCACUACGAGCAGUAUCACUUCGUGAAGAUCCGGAUGCAGGAAGUUCGCAAGAUGGACGAGGCCAUACGAAGUGGCGGAGCGGUCAUGACGGAGCUCGUCAACACCCAUCCGAAGCAACGCCGGCUUCCUAAAAAGAACCGUACUCUACGCAAAGUGGGUAACGAAAAGGAGGAAGACUCGCCGGAAAUACAAAUAGUGGAACAACAGGAGGAAACACAGAGCGAAGAAUACAUUAUCUGUGCUGACGGUUUCAUCGACGAGUCGAUGGUUUGUGAACAGAUGCAGUGUUGCGUUUGUGGUGCAAUAUUUGGCAACGAUCAGCAGCUGGCUCUGCACGAAAGCACUCACACCAAUCCGUUCGAAUGCAGCUUCUGUGAAACGGAGUUUGGCGAGCUGGAGGAAAUACGUGAGCACUAUCAUAGCAAGCAUCGAACGGAUAGCAGAACCCAACAGCAGCAGCAGCAGCAGCAGCAGCAGCAGCAACAACUGCAACAGCAACAACAGCAAGAGCAACAACUGCAACAACAGCAACUGCAGCAACAGCAACUGCAACACCAGCAACAGAUACAAUUGCAGCAGCAACAACAACAACAACAACAGCAACAGCAGCAGCAAAUACACCAGAUAACACCAGCGCCACAUUUCAUAACGAAUCAAAACUCGGGUGGCAUGACUACGAUGUUGGUGAUGCAGAACGGCAUGCUGAUUCCCGUGCACACGAUCGACAGCUCGCAGCUCGCAGCGGUUAAUCCCUUCCAGCAAGCUAACAUCACUCAGAUUGGACAAAAUCCAAUCACGUGGCCUAUAACCGCCACACCGAUCGCUGCCAACCAUCACCCGCAACCGCAGGCGAUACUGCCUCCGGUACAUAACCAAAUUGAAAUAAUACCGCUUCAUGGUCCAGCACCGGCAUCGCAGCAUGCGAGCCCCUCACUGAACACUGUCUGCAUAGCACCGCAACAUCUACAGCAAGUUAGUCAUCCACAUACAAUCAGCAAUGUCAUCGCUGGCGCGACCCCGGGCAGCGCUGGUGGUUAUGUUAUAAACUCGAUCGCAUCAAUUGAUCCUGCAUACCUGAAGCAAGUCGAUCCGGCACAGCAUCAGCAACAGCAACAGCAACAGCAGCAAGCGCAACAUCCACAGUUUCACACGUAGUAGUGAAUCGAUGCUCGUUGAACCAGUGGUGCUUGUUGAAAGACACAAAGCGCGCGAGAAGCAGACCAGCAAUGCCUAUAGUCUCCGCGUUUCUCUUGAUUAUUUAUUUUGCUUAAGACUGUACUGUACCUUAGCAAAUAAGAGCUGGAGAUUCAGCACAUUUCAAUAACGUCAAGCGUUUUUACU